GGCCUGUUGGGACGUAUACGCACAAAGGCUCUUCCUUCUCCUUCGGAGGAGCUCUUUCUCCCUUUAUAUAUAUUUGAUGCCACGCGUAACGAGAAGACACAUUUAGUUUUGUAUGCAUCAGCAAAUUUGACGCGUUUGUGGUUUUUCUUAGAUCUUCUUUUACUGCUCUUAUCUACUCUUUUUUUUUUACUUUUCCUUUUGGACCUCACGAUGGAGAAUCGAAAGCUGAAGCGCUACGACUCAGCGCCGAUCUCCUCCGGCACGUCAUCGUCGUCGGCCGCCGCUGCCCGCGCCGCAGCGCAUAUCUCACACGUACCACGUCCGCAGGCCUCCCCCUCCGCCAAGCCCAUGAUUAACGCGUCGGCCUCAUCGUCGGCCUCCGCCGCUGCUGCUGCUGCUACUCCUCCCACAGCCGACCGCUCCGCCGAGCCCUUCGCGAAGCAGCUCGAAGCGUACUACCGCUGCAUGGAAGAGGACAAUCAGGCGCUGAUGAAGCACUACGAGACUCACGUCGCGGACAUCGCCUCCCUUAAGGCCCUCGCGCAGGAGCGCAAGUACAAGGAGGCGGUCUUCAAAACAAUGGAAGCCAAGACAGCCGCGAUGGACGCCUUUCUGCAGGAGUUGGCGGACCUGACGGCGCCGAGUCGCGGACUGCGCGCGAGGGGGGACGCAAACCUGCGAAGCCCCGCAGGCAGCACUCCUGUGAAGACCGCCGGCAGUACUCAGAAGGCCUCGCCCACCGUCGCGGCACCGGCCGCCUCGAUGGACAGCGUACGCGAGGCGGUACAGCAGCUGCAGGCCUCUCUACAGGCGGCAUGCACCAACGAGGCGAGGCACCAGCUGACCAUUCAAGCACUCGAGAAGGAGCUGGCAGAGUGGAAGGAAAAGGCGCGGGCACGCCACGUCCGGACGAAGUCGGGUGCGACGGACGGCGGUGUCACGACCGAGGAGGACAGCUGCUUCCUGCCCGGCACCGCGAAGGAACUGCGCGAGGCGCAACGACGAAUGCGGGACUUGGAGCGUCAACUGAUGAAGGCAACAACGGAGGCGAAGGACGCGGCGGCCGCCCUCGCACUGUUGGAGCAGCAGCACCUCGUGUCGACGCUAACGUUGCAGCGCCGCGACGAUGAGCUGCUGGCGAUGCGUGGGCUGCUGAACUCAAAGGAACAGCUGCUGGCGGCGCUGGAAGAGGAGACGAAGACGGCACGAGCGUCCACCACCGCGGGUACGACGACGGCGGCGGCGGCAGUGACCCCUGCUACCCGGGCUCGCGGCAGCGCCCGCUUCGUUCGCAUGAACUCCGCCCCUGCGGCGGCGGGGUCGGCGGGACACCGCUGCGGCGGUGAGACGAGCAGCGACCGCCUCGUCGUCACCCACCACUACCGCCUCCUCGGUGGUCAGCGCUUCGUCGACGGGCAGGUCUUCUCGGCCGAGUCCUUCAAGGACGCCUUUCUGCGCUCCGUCUCGACGAUGCUGCACGUCCCGUACGGGUACCUGACCAGCGUCGAGGUGCGCACCCACGCCGAGGCGGUCAGCGUGGAGCUGGACAUCCGCCACUCCUCGCGCGUAAAGGAGGACGAGAUCGACUUCCUUUUGCUCAGCCACGACUACCCAGAGGUGAUGACGUUUCUGGAGAAGGUGAAGGCAGAGCUGGCCGCGACGACGCCGCCGGACCGCAACGCUGUCCGUGUGCGGGAGCUGCAAGCAACGCUGGCGGAAAAGGAGGAGGAAGUCGGCGACCUGCGCCGGAAGCUGCGCGCCGUGGAGGAGUCCGUCGAGCGCCGCGACCGCGAACGCGAGGUUCUCGAUAAGGACGUCGACGUCACGUUGCACGAGACGGAGCGCACCGUGACGGAGCUUUAUGAAGCCCUGCAAGCGGCCCAGCAGGAGACGCAAGCCGCGCAGAAGGCGCUGAGUUUGAAGUCGUCGCAGGCACGCGUCCUGGAGCACGCGAAGAGCGCCGUGGUCGACGCCGCUGCCGCAGCGGAGCGAAACCUCAAGCAGGAAAUAGAAGCACUGAAAGAUCGGCUCGCGCAAUCACUGGACGACCUCAACAAAGCAAAGGAUAGCGUCACCGAGGCCGUGCUACGCGCACAGGCCGAUGAGAAGAUGGAUGUGCACCUCGCCGUGUGCUCGUUUGAUAUUCCCCUGUCUUACUCUUCCUGUGCAUCUGCGCCUCGCAUCGCGUCGACACUCCUGCAGAACGCGCAGGAGAGGCGCGUGUUGCACGCCCUGGUGCUCGCCUACGCCGGCUGCACCGGCGGUGCGAUUCCCGUCCAGGUAAAGAGCUGUGUGUUCUCCGAGGGCAGCAACAGCGGCUCGUCCUCCGCCCUGCACGUGGACGUGGAGCUAGCCUACUACGCCAACGCGCGCACUGGCGACGCCGUGACGGCGGAGAUCAACAGGAAGCUCAGCGAGGGCGGCAGCUGCACCUUUGUCCAGGAGUACCUGCGCAUGCGUGGCGAGUCGGCCAGGAAGGACGCGACGGCCGCUGCGGAUGCGCAGCGAGCGAUCAGCGAGGCGGAGCAACGUGCCACCGCCGCACUGGCCGCGAUGCGUGCCGAGACGCAGCACGCACACGCGACAAAGCUGGAGGCGGCGGUGAGCCAACUUCAGCAGAUCUCGGCACGCCUGACGACCGUGUUUCCUGACUCUUCCCCGGCAGGCACCGGCUCGCCGAGUAAGGCCAACUCCGUCGUCGGCCGCGUCGAACAGCUUAUUAUGCGCGUCACGACCGCCGAGGCCGCCGCACACCGGCACGCAGAGGAGUGUCAGCGCGCGACGCGGCGCCUGACCGAAGCGCAGCAGGAGCGGGAGCAGCUGCAGCAGACGCUGAGCGAGCUGACGGCGCGCUGCGCGGAGGUGCGCCUGGCGAAGGAGCAGCUGGCCGCACGCCUCGCCACGGCGGAGGAUCAGCGGACGGCGGCGCAGACCGCCGCGGCCACGUCGGAGGGCGCGCUGGCGGAGAAGGUGCGACGGCUGGAGGCCACGCUGCGUGCCACGACAGCGGCUGCCGAGGCGGAGAAGGCGAAGUCAGCCGAGGAGGUGCAGGCGGCGUUGGCGGCGUUGGCCGCUCGCGUGGUGGAGGCGGAAGCGGAGUCGAAGCGGCUGCGGGCACAGCUCACCGCUGCGACGGCGGUGGCUGGGGGGGACUCCAGGAAGGAGGAAUCCGCGCUGCGUGAGGCGCUGCGACUGGCGAAAGAAGACCGCACCGCACUGGCGCGACAAGUGAAGGAGAUGGAGACGGACAUGAAUGACUUGUCCAACAUCCAGGCCGCCAUGCAGCGCGAACUAGAGUCCGCCCAGCAGGAGCUGCGCGCCAAGAAGCACGACUUCGACCUCCUCGUGAAGCAGCUCAUCCGUAUGGAGGAGAAGGAGAAGAAGUGGCAGUCGGACCCGCACCCACCCGUUGCGUCGCCCGACUCGCCCUCUCGCCUGCAGAACGAAGAGGCGGAGAAGGAUGACGUGGCGCGGGAGUCGCUCGUUGUGCUGACGAACAGCAACACAAACCUCCAGCAGUGUCUGCGCAAGUUGCAGCGCACCAUGAAUACGAUGGGCAUGGAGAUGAACGCGGCAGCGAGGGGCAGCAGCAGCAUCAACAACAGCGGCAGUGGAAUCUACAACGGUUCUGCCAGCUCGACCGCGCCGGCGGUGGAGGACAACGGUAGCAACGGCAGCGGACGCGGGUCGCGGCGCAGUGGACACCGCAAAGGCGCGCUAUCCGCCACGGUGUCGCGCGCCGCGAUGGACCACCAGCAGCUCUCCGCCCACCUCUCCAGCCUGCUCUUACUGAUGCUAGAGACGCUGGAAAACGGCCUCAAUGGUAGUAACAGCGAUGCGGGUGCCGGCGAGGGUGGUCGCACAGCAGACAGUGCGGCGGCAUGUACGCGCACCGCCAGCUGCCACAGCAACUCCCACCACACGAGCAGCCACCAUACCAAUCCCAGCACGCACGCACCGACGCGUAUUGUGAGACAGCAGCAGCAGCAGCUCAGCGAUUCGCCCUUCGCGCGCACGCGGUCUACGCCGGUGCUGGGGGAACGGGGAAGCCCAGGUGCUGGCUGCAGUGACGACGACGCGGCCGCCGCCACCGCCACCGCCACAGCGCAGCGCGACACGCCGAAGUGGGAAAGCCCCUCAUCGGACAAGUGCAGCAGUAACAGUACCGCCACGGCGGCUGCGGCGGCCCUCCACGCCAGCCCGACGGUGAUCGGCUCCGGCGGGAAAGCUAAAGUGGACGCGGCGCCGCGGCUGGACUUUCAUCGCCAGGCAAGCGCCACCGCGUACAUGCGCAGCAACACAGCAGCGGCAGCGGCAACGACGGCGCAGAGCAGCGGAGGCGGCGGCGGCCUCCCACCGACGUCUUGCGGGGCCGCCAACGCGAGCCAGACGGAGGCAAAAAAAGAACGGCGGAAUCGUGAGUUGCCGCAGCGACGCACAGGGGGCGGGGCGGCCGCCACAGGAGCUGCAGCGACGGCGCCCAACAGCCGCAGCAACAUCAACGCGAAUUCUUCGUCUGUGGGCUCGAAUGCAAACGCCCCACGCCGCUCUAAUCUGUCCACGACAACGGCAGCUACAACGACGGCAGCAGCAGCAGCGUCCACGGCGAAGUCGAACCCAUUUCUUCGGAGCAGCACAGCAAGUGGGAGUGCAACUUUGUCGGCUCCUGCCGCGGCGGGCGCCACCAGUGUGGCGCGGGUGACCAGCGGCCACCCUCGCGUGGCGACGAGCACGGCAGACGCGGGCGGCCCGACGUCUCUGUCCACCUCGCAGACGCACAAGCAGUAUCGCAGGCGGCUUUAA